AUGGGCACAGACAAUAGAACUGUCUCCCAGGAAUUUCUCCUGUUGGGCUUUCCAGGGUCCCAGGCCCUUCAGCUCUCUCUCUUCAUGCUUUUUCUGGUAAUGUACAUUCUCACAGUAGGAGGCAACUUUACCAUCUUGAUGUUGGUGAGUACUUCCCACCAGCUCCACACUCCUAUGUACUUCUUUCUGAGUAACCUCUCUUUCCUAGAAAUUUGGUAUACCACAGCUGCAGUCCCCAAGGCCCUGGCCAUCCUCCUGGGGAGAAGCCAGACCAUAUCAUUCACAGGCUGUCUUUUGCAGAUGUACCUUGUUUUCUCCUUGGGCUGCACGGAAUACUUCCUGCUGGCAGCCAUGGCUUAUGACCGUUAUCUUGCCAUCUGCUAUCCUCUACACUAUGGUACCAUCAUGAGCAGCCUGCUUUCAGUGCAGCUGGCCCUGGGCUCCUGGGUAUGUGGCUUCCUGGCCAUUUCAGUGCCCACGGCCCUUAUCAGUGGCCUCUCUUUCUGUGGUCCACAUGCCAUCAAUCACUUCUUCUGUGACAUUGCCCCCUGGAUUGCCCUGUCCUGUACCAGCACCCAUGCUGUGGAGCUUGUGUCCUUUGUCAUUGCUUUUGUGGUCAUUCUAAGUUCCUGCCUCAUCACCCUAGUCUCCUACAUCUUCAUCAUUAAUACCAUUCUCAGCAUCCCCUCAGCCAGUGGGCGGAGCAAAGCUUUCUCCACAUGUUCCUCUCAUCUAACUGUGGUGCUCAUCUGGUAUGGAUCCACCAUCUUCCUUCAUGUCCGAACCUCAAUCAAAGAUGCCUUGGAUCUGACCAAAGCUGUCCACGUACUGAACACUGUGGUGACUCCAGUUCUAAACCCCUUCAUCUACACACUCCGUAACAAAGAAGUAAAAGAAACACUCCUAAAGAAAUGGAAGAGAAAAUAA